AAUCUCUCUUAGUGAAGGAAGACCUUCUCCCAGAGUGGAACUGCUGCACAACAUAGACCCAAUGUUUGUGGAUGACUUUCCAUGUCUUGGCAUUGACAACAGGACAUCUUUACCACAGAGCAAUUCUUCUCCAUGGGAUGAUACACUUUUCAAUAUAUCCAUGCAUGCAGCAAUACGACAUGGAAAAUGGAAGUUACUAACUGGAUAUCCAGGCUGUGGUCAUUGGUUCCCUCCACCAUCUUUGUUCAGUGAGUCUGAGAUUCAGUCAUCUGAUCCAUCAAUGAAGAGACUUUGGUUGUUUGAUAUUGUUCAUGAUCCUGAAGAGAGAAAUGAUUUGUCUGAAAAACAUCCUGAUGUGGUGGAAAAACUGCUCUCACGGCUUCAGUAUUAUCAUAAACGUUCAGUGCCUGUGUUCUACCCUGAUGAGGAUCCCCGCUGUGAUCCAGCAGCAACUGCAGCUUGGGGUCCUUGGGCAUAGUGCAGCUUUGCAUCCUGCAAAAAACAAACCCUAGUAGAGUCUGUAUAUGGACUCAGAGUCCUAGUUAAGCAUAUCUUACUUUCUUUAAUGACCUAUUGCUAAUUGUGAACUUAUCCCUUGAGUAAUUUAGUAUUUCUUACUCUUCAUGGGUUUGGAAUUUUUUCAGUCUUUUCUCACACUCUUGUUCCCAAAAAUUGUAUGUGAAAUGUUAGUAAAAGUAUAAAUCUAUUUUUUUUUAUAUAUUCUUUGUCUGGAAUAUGCUUUUAAUGCAGAAGAUAAAACAUUGCCUCCUUCCUUGAAAGAGAUUACUUUUCUUUAAAAGCUGAAAGUAAUCAUGGCAGCAGGGACAUCCAGAAUGCAUCCAUCUGAUUUUUGGUUUCAUGUGUAACAGCUUCUCCUGGAAGCUGUUACACUGUAAAGACUAGAAAAAUAUAAUACAAGAGUUGGCAUAACAUCACAUUUUGAGCUUCCCUGUACAAGAGGAGUAUUGCCCAACUGGAAUGAGUUCAGUGGAGAACCAUGAAUAUGAUCACAGGGAAGACAGCAAGCAAGGGGAGGCUAAAGAAAUGGGUUCAUUUACACUACACUGAAGAAGAAAAGGGAGGUUGCUAUCUUCAGCUAUCUAAUGUGAGGGCAUAGAAAAGAGGAAGCCAGACUGUCCUCAGAGGUGCACAAAGAUGAAAAACACACAGGGAACAUCUGGAGUUCCAAUGCAAAGAAGAAAAUUAAAAAAAAAACCAUACCAUGAGUUUAGUCAAAUAAGGGAACUGUGAGACUAUGGCAGCCCUAUUCCUGGAGAUGUUCAGUCUUUGGUUGGAGAAGAUUCUGAACUACAUGAUCUAUCCCUGAAGUUGGAUCAAAUUUGAAGUUGACUCUGCUUUGUUAGAGGUGGUGAGGAACAAAUGGGUGACCUCGAAAGGCCGCUUUCUGCAUGAAUUAUUCAAUGAUUCUAUGAUGAACAAAACCUUACUUUUAUUGCCUACCUAGUAAGCACCCUUUCUUCUCCUAUAUUGUUUCUUUAUUACCAUAGUGGAGUCUAUUUUCAUUCUGGAGUGGGCUCUGAGCCAUAGAGAAAACAGGCCAAGCAACAUUUCUCAAUUACUUAUCAAAUUGAUGCGAGAGCAACCCACCAGCUCUAUUAAGGUCAAACCUUGAAUUCUGGUACUGGUUCUUAGUGUCCUUGACCAGGUUUCAGGAUGCAGAGCUCAAUCUAUCAUCGUUUCCAGAAAACAGGGAUCUAAUUGCCUUUUUUCUGGCUCCAGGACCAACUCAUAGAAUUGCACUAAAAUUUUGCACAACUUCUCCCAGUUUUCUCUCAGGAGAUUUUGUGCCUUUACCCCUGCAGCUUACUGUCUCCUGUAGCUCUAAUCCUUCCUAUUGACUGAUUGUCAAUCCACUAUCUUGUGGAAAUUGUGUAGACCAAACUUUCAGGCUGGAAGGUGUAAAUACAACAGCUUGCCCAAAGUGCUUUUGAAGCAUGCCCAGCAUGAGCCAGGCUGCUGAGGCUUUCAUUCUUCAUGGUGUGAUACACUGGAGGCCUGCACUGUGAUGGAGGAGGAAGGAUAAGCACUCUCUUCAUCAGCUAUGGGAAUAUUUUGCUUACAGGUGUAGAAGUUACAAGUCAAGAAUUGGACAACUUGUGAGUUAGAAACCUCAUGAGUUAAGGAACGGAUUAGUGAAUUGUCCUGCUAGUCUAGUCUGUACAAAGGGGACUGAGCCCUUGUUAGUUUCUUUUCCUAAUGAGCUCAUAAAAUAAUUUACAGACUGUGUUGUCCUGUAAAUUAGAGAAAUCCAAUUUGGACCAUGACAAUCUUGGCCUCAGAGUACAGCAGCAUUUCACUUUUGAGCUUUUGAAGAUUCUGAUAACUGAGGCUCUGUUAUUUGCUGACCACAUCAAGGGAUGGAAAAUAUAAGCAACAAAACAUUUUUAUAAGCUGUUCCAUGACAUUGACAAAGCCUGCACCUUCCUUCAGUAGCUCUAGAAAAACCUUAAUUGCAGUUCUCUUUUCUAACUAUUGCAGCUUGUCUAUUUUAUACCGAUGUAAUGAUUAAUGCUAGUUUAUAGCUUAUCUGUUUAGUGCAACUGUUUUAUAUCCUAAUUGUCUGUAGCAUACAGUUAGUAACAUGAGUUGGAGUAUGGGAUUCUGAAAGAGUAAGGUGUCAAAUUUUGCCUUCUGUGACUUUUAGAUUUACUAUUUUUGUAUGUAUCUUAAUGAUACAUGUUGUCCUUCAAAUGUCUUUUUGAGAUAAAUCGUCCAAAUAGCAGAGCUUCCAUCAGUCCUCAUUCAUUCAGAAAACGUUGGUUAGUUUAUUUUUGCAAUCAAAUGCAGGUGGAGACGUUGACACCAUUCCCCAGUGUGUAAGGCAAGUAGAUUCAAUGAGUUUAUAUUAUUCUAACUCUUUUUUCAUAGGGCAUAUUCUAACUCUUUUUUCAUAGGGCAUAUUCAAGACUAGAAAGCUAACUGUUCUCAGUCAAUAUCCACAUAUAACAUUUUAGUUUAUAGUAGCCAUUACAAGAUGUGGUUGCUGCAAUAACAAGGGACUGGACUUGGGGUUGGGGGAAUUUCUGCCCUACAUUCCUGUGUGUCCUUCAGCAUUCGGCACUCAUAUUACAUGAGGAAAGAUGUUGGCUUACCUACAAAGCAAGAACUUUCGUUAAUGAUAUUUUAAUACAGGUAUUGCUCUUUUUUUGCUGAUAUCUAGUUUCGUGGAAAAGAAAGAAACACCAACUAAGUUGUAAAAGCUCAAGUAAAUAAUAUGUUUGAGUCUCCUUGGCUAAAGUUAGAAAACAUUAAAAACCGUGUAAUUUUUAUUUCAGAGGUAAGUAGAGCUUUUAUGUGUUCUCUUUUCUCUGUGUCCUACAAUCUGCAUUUUAGUAUCUUGCUGCUAUUCUAGUUCAUGUAAUUAAUUUACUAGGAAGAGACUGUGGCACAUCACUGUCUUGUAUAGGUAUUCAAUUCACCCUUUGUUUCCUCCUGUUAUAUUUUAAAAUCCAAAGAUUCAUUAUUUUCUCAGCUACAGUAUACAUCAUUAUUUAUUUUCUGAUUUUCCAUGGGUGGUCCUUCAUAAAACAUUUUAAUUGAAUUGGGUUAGGAAAAAAAAAAACAUCUGGCUGACAUGUUUAGGUUGGCAUCUGCAAAGAGUUGUAUACUGUUCAAUUGUUUCAAACUGGAAAAUAGAGAAUUCUUUGUAUAUUUUGUGGUUACUUAACAUUCAAAAAUGCAAGUAUUUUGAACUCUCUAAAUAAAACUUCAUUUCAUCCCU